UGCUUUCAGCGCGCGACAUGGCGAAGUGAUGAGAAGUAAACAGUUUAGGCGUGUUUUCAUAUUUUUAUUUGACUAAUUAGUUGACUGUUAUUGAGUAUGUUUUGCACCAGCAUCUCCGUUUAACCGUAAACGAAAACGUUUAUUUUUAAAUAAUGUCUACGCAUCUGUUUAGUUAAUUAAUUUGUUUGUCAGAAUUCAUUCUGUGCAAAGUGCACGAGGAUGGACUGCGUUGCAACCGGAGGAAACGUCAAAGUGCUGGCCAAAGCAAUACACUCCCUUUCUAGGAUUGGAGAAGAGCUUUACUUGGAGCCCACUGAAGAUGGGCUAACGCUGCGUGCAGUGAACUCAUCCCGAUCAGCGUUUGCCUGCUUCCUGAUGUCUCCGCUUUUCUUCCAGAGGUACCAGGCUCCUCCAGACCAAGCCUUCCGCUGCAAAAUGCCCAUCAAAAGUGUACAGACAGUGUUCAGGUCUCUGUCGUCUCUCGAGCGUUCUGUGGAGAAGUGCCGAAUUGAGAUGAACAAUCAGAAGAGUCGUCUGAGAAUCACGCUGCAUUGCAAACAUGGGCUUUUAAAGACACACAACUUGUCCUUUCAGGACUGUGAGUGCUUGCAAGCAGUGUUUGACAAGGACAACUGCACCAACGUGCUCCGAGCCCAACCCAGGUUGUGGGUGGAUACAGUUCUGCAUUUCCCACCCUCUCUGGAGGAAGUGUGUGUAUCAGUGAGCAGCGAUCGAGUUUGGCUCAGGAACCACGUGGAAGAUGAUGCAGACUCAUCAAAAGCCAUGAUGACAGAGUUGUGUUUGAGCUCAGAAGAGUUUGAUCACUUCGUUAUUGGAUCUCAGACCAGCAUCACCUUCUGCCUCAAAGAGCUCAGGGGUUUGUUGGUUUUUGCUGAGACAGCAGGUCUUCCUAUCUCCAUGUACUUUGAUGAGCCUGGCAGCCCCGUUGUCCUGAGUGUGUCUGACAGCGUCUUAGACGCGAACUUCGUCCUCGCUACUCUCUCGGAAGACGCACACCAACGCAACAACAACAAAGCCAACAGACCCCGAGCCGAACUCCCACCCGAUGACUUUAUGUGCGACGACAUUGACUCGUACCUCAUCGCCAUGGAGACCAGUGACCUCGCUGGGCCGUCCUACGAACCUCAACCUCAAACUUCCUCCUCCAAUCACAAAAGCCGACGGCUGAGCGACGAGGAAGUCGACGAGAAGGAGGAGGAGGAGGAGGAGUCAGGGGAGGGACAGCCCAAUAAAAAGUUCUGCUCGCUUUUCUUUGGCUCCGUGCUGCCGGCUUCCUCUCGACCGACCAACCAGACAAUGCAGAGCCAGGAAGUGCUGGCCAGCGACAGCGAGGACGAGAGACAGUCGGAAUGAACGCUGCAGCAGUGAUGCAACGGGAAACCGUGAGCAAAAGGAGAAAAGACAGAAGGACGAGUUACACCAAGAAAGAUCAUCCCGCACGGAACGUCCUUUUAUUUUAUUGUUGUUUCAGUUCCUUUAAGUUCAGUGUUCUUUUUUUUAAAAAGUCGAAUCAGUGAUGAAGCGGUCAAAACAAGACUAAAAUUUAAGGUGUGUCAAGAA